CUCAGGAAAGCGAAACUGAUUGUUCAUAAAAAAAAAAAGUCAGUCAUCCCUAGAUUAGCUAACGAGUGACAGUAUGGACGAGGGCACCUUGCAUGCAGGCGUGUGAAGCAUACAACAGCCAGUUUAAUACGCUCUGCCAUGGUGGCCUCAUACAAACAGUAAUUAAUGUAAGUGCUACUGGUAUUGGCAGACUGACACCUAAAAUGAACGCCUUUGCCUGAGGGGCGAAACCUUUUUAUGCACAGGGCUGCAACUUAACGAUGAGCUCUGAAAGAAACGCAGAGUGAACAACCUCCCUGACUUAGGCUACACCGUCUAGAUGCCGUCUAUGUGCCUACUGAAGGUUUAUAAGGACCCUGAGAGAGAGACAGAACAGGCAGAGGUGCUCAUUCAGAAGUUUUGUUGCAUCAAAGGACUUGAAAUCUGCUGGAACAGAGAAUCUUUGUGGCUUCUUCAACAAUGUGAAUCUUAAACGACUGUUGUAAUGGAAUUCCCUUGUAGUUGCCAUUUUGUCAGCAGAUGUCUUCCGGGUGACAAUCUGAGCUGAUAUCGGACUGAGGGAUUGAGGUUUUAUGCAGAAUGGUUUUACAAAUACUUCUGGUUAUUCAGUGUCUGGCGGUAAUCCUGCUACUGGUCCGUCUGCACAUCUCUGAAAAUGAAAAAUCACAGGUGACUUCAGAAUUGCAAGACAUGAAGAAAUCUGAGCUUCAUUUACAUUGUCUUCUGAAAAUGCGUGAAAAUGAAAAGUCACAACUGGUAUCUCAACUGCAAGACUUGAUGGAAUCCAAUGAUACGGUUGAGGAGACCAUUGAAACCUUGAAGCAUGAACUUCAGAACGAGAGGGCCCUUGUAGUCCGACUCUCCAGGUCUGUACUUCAAACAUUAGAUAGGAACAGCUGGCUAACUGCUCGAAAUGCCCAGCUGGAGACAGAGGUGGUAGGGCACAAUCAGAACACCACAGCUCAAUCUUCAAGGAACACACAGUUCUCUUAUUACAACAGACAUCAAAAUGACAAGGCCAAACUAGACCUAAUGAUAAACGCCCUCUGCUCCCACAGUAAAGUUCGAAUGAUCAGUUAUAUAAAAGAAAUAGAUGGAGGGAUAUCAGAGAAAAUCUCCGAGCAUCAGAUCGAAACCAGAAUAGACGUGGAGGUGCUCAUCCUCAAUCAUUUUUAUGAAGCCUUUGUAACAGUGACCACUUCAGAAAUGAAGCAGGCUCAGCAGAUUGUGGAGCCCAUUGUUGGUGAACUUUUUAAAUUCAUGAAAAGCAACCAAAAAUCACAUCAACCAAAGUUUGUGGGAGACGGUCCUUUAAAGAGUGGAAGUAUAGAGGAGCAGCUGAAGGUUCUCCAGGCAGAUGAGUUUGAUUUCAUGUUUCCUAUUGAGCUGCCUGAUGGGAUAUCACCACAAUUUCAAAUGUGCCACCUGCAAUCAAACUGUCCUAAAGAUCAGUACGGGUUUGGGAAGAUUAGGGUUCAGCAGAAUGUCUUUAAUGAAUCAACCAAGAUGUUCAUGGAGAAAUUUGUGAUGUUACAGUAUCUACAGGCUGACAGGAUCAAGAACUGGUUUAAAGGUGCCGUUCAAAAAGGUCUAAAUCACAUCAAUGCACAUAUGACAGAAAUCUGUGAGAAAGCAGGUCAGAAAUGCUUAAAAAUCAAACAAGUCAAGCUGAGCGACAUGAGUGCCGGAAUAUGCCUGGUAAUCGAAUUACGAGAAGAAUCCAUCCAGGUGGAUGUAAUUCCUGCAGUUAAAGUAGACAACAGCAAUAUGUACCUCAUAACCAAGUCUUUAAAAGCACAUUUACCUUUACUAUGGCGUCUGUCAUAUUCCCUCUAUGAGAUGAAGCUGAUUGGCCUACUCGGUGAGUUUUUAGGCUCAACUCAACACACAAAAUGUUUGAAGAUCCUCAAAGCACUAAGAGAUCUCGACAUUGACAUGAACUCUUCUUCUCAGCUCUCCUCUGUGCUGACUUCCUACCACCUCAAAACCAUGCUGCUUCACAUAAUGCUAAAUGACCUGAAAAAGAAGUGUUCAGAUAGCAAGUGGAAAAGUCGGGCCCUUGUUUAUGAGAUGAGGAACCUCCUGGAAGUGGCUGAAACCACCACUGACAACAAGGAGCUUGAAAAUGUCUUUUUCAGCCCCUUAAUGAGAGAAAUUUCAUUUCGUGGAAGAUCUCUGCAGGAACAUUUAAACAUCCCAGACUGGGCCAUCGCCAAGGACCACAGUCAGGCCCUAAACCUCUUCUCAGAACACUAUAUUGACCAUAAUUCUCUCAACCAGGUCAGUGCACGGAUGGAGAAGAUCCAGGAACAGUGGUUAAAUGUGAUUCAUCAGCACGUUUACCUCUUGGUUAUGGAAAUUGUUUAUUAACAGUCACCCUGGGGGUUCUGUCUUCUUCACUUUCACAUCAUAAAAUUCUCACAGUUGAAGAUGAAAUUUUAAUAUAUUGCUGGUAGAUAGUAAACAAUUUUGUAAUCUAUUAUCUGCUACAAUAAAUUCAUUUUUGGAGAUAAAUAAUGGAUUUGUGGAGGAGUCGGAGAUCCUUUCAGAACCUGUGAAAGGCUACAUCUAUAGAAAAAUGUAUUCUUAAAAUUGGUAAUACUAUAUUUUAUUAAUUAUUAAGAUGUGAGAAUUAGGAGUUAAAAGGCUCAUGCUUAUAUAUUUUUUAUUACCCUGUUUAAGCCAAAGGCCACCGUUAUCUCACAAGUUACAGAUUAGACGUGCAGGAGGGCUAAGAUGAGCUGGGCCCCUUUUUUAGAAGUGAAAUGUGAACUCUUAGGCUGUAAAUAAUUGAUAAGCGCUAGGAGAGAAGGGGUGUGCAAGUAGGGGCUGUCAGACAGACAUGAUGGGUAGCAAAGAGUUUGGCAUCCACCCAGCCAAGAGGUAAUGGUGAAAUUAAUUAGGGGCAGACUUUGAGCAGUGAAAUAUUGAGGAGUCAGAUGAGGAUGAAUAACGACUUGUGGGAUAAGAAUUGUCAUAAAUGUAAGAGUUACUUUUAGUUGUGUGCUCAGUACUUUUUGGAAUUUGGUCUGUACGUCGUACAUUAAAUCUCAAUUCUGUUGCCUGUCCUGAGACUCCGAGCGUUGUCUUUUGGGGCUGAGAUCUUUUUUACAUCUCAUCUAAGCUGAUGGACGUUGUAGAAACUUGGGAACUUAUCUAACAUUCCCACCACAGAGACUUGGGCCAUUUGUAGUUCCUGCAACCUUUUUUAGCUCCUGCUCCAGGGUAUGUACUUUCCUUUCAACCAGGAACUAUCAUGGGUGGGGCUUAGGCAAUCCUUUGUACUGAUUGGUUGACCACAACCAUUGGAGUCAUCUUAAGAAUCUGUUAGUAGCUUGAACUGGACAGUUGUCGAUGAAGAUGGAGUGACACACUGGCACUACAUCACUAGCUCCAUGGCAAUGCAAGAACAUCUGGAAUUAAAUAUCAGAAAGGGCACCAUUGCUAAAAGUGAAGUUACUGUUUACCAACAACUGUUGCCCAGAUGCUUCACCACCUCCAGCUUUAUGGGAGAAAAAAAUGCCCAGAAAGCACAUAGGAGUCUCUGAAGUCAGCUGCAAGAAGGUUCAGUGGUCUGAUCAGACCAAAAUUGCGUUUUUUAGUUAUCAGACAUUAUCAAAAAUGCAUGUGUGAAGCAUGGUGGUGGUGGCAUCAGGCUGUGGGAAUGUUUCUCUGCAGCAGGCUCUGUAAGAAUUAUGAGGGUAACAUGCAUGCAGCAAAAUAUGGCAAAAUCAUGGAAGAAAAUCUGAUAGAAUCUGCAACAAAUCUGAGCCUUGGAACAAGAUUUGUUUUUUUAGAAACACAACAAUCCCAAGCAUAAAGUCGAAGCUACACAGCAAUGGCUUCAAAGCAACAAUGUAAAUAUCCUGAAGUGUCCGAGUCAGAGUCCCGAUCAAAAUCCAAAGGAUGAACAUGGAAAGGGCCGUUCACUCAUAAUCACCAUGGAACCUGAAUGAGCUUGAGCAGUCUUACAAAGAAGAAUUGAGGAAAAUGGGAGUCCAGAUGUGCAGAGCUGGUUGAGAGAGACCUGAACAUGCAGACUCAUGGCUGCCAAAGGUACAUCUACUAAAUACUGAAUACUUAGGCAAUCACAGUUUUCAUAAAAGCCAAAUGAAAUCCACAUUGAGUCAAUGAUGUAUAACAAUAAAAGGUGAGAACUUCCACCUGAAUACUUUUUAAAGGUACUGUAAGCCAAAGCCACAAUCACUCUGCAGAUUUUGUUCUCAUUCAUUUUCUGCUUCUGUUCAUUUCUGCAAGGAUUUGGACCCCUGCAUGUUCAAGUAAUGUAUUUUGGGAUUUUAGACUGGCUUUGUUUGCUUUAGGCUUUAAAACAAAUUUUUAUGUUUCUUCAUACACCAUGUGGAAGAAUAAUUUUAGGGUAACAUAGCAUUCAUCUUAAAAAAUAAGACAUGAAGAGUUAAUAAAUGGCAGAAACCUUUGCAGACAUAUCAGGAAACCAGAUAAAGGUCAAGUGAACAACAAAAUCUACUGAAAGAUGACUAAGAAAUCAGCAGCUGUCC